AUGAUGUCCACUAACGAAGUUGGACUUGCAUCAGAUCGAGUUCGAGAUCAACCAGGAGCCAUUUUGGAAGAUCUACUCUGCUCUUCGAUAUGUCAUAAUAUCCUAUGGAAACCAGUCGCUUGCCAGAAAUGCGAAACUCCGUUUUGUUCGACGUGCAUUAAAAAAUGGCUUCAUGAAGGUAGAAAUCAAUGCCCAAAUGGAUGUGAACCAUUCAUCGAAAGAGCAUGCCCUCCAUUCAUUGUUAGACAAUUAUCCAGGUUACAGAUUGUCUGCAUCUAUGAAUCAAAUGGCUGCCGUGAGAUUAUACCCUAUGAAGCAGUCGAAAAGCAUGAGAGAGAAUGUGAUUACCAGCCCCAACGGUGUCCUGGCUGUAAUUCAUCAUUUGCUAAAAAGGAAAUCGAGAAACAUAAAUCUCAGUGUGAAUUGAUUGAAUUUACCUGUGAAGAUUGCAAAAUUGUGUACAAGCGACAUGAUGCAACUCAAAGUCAUACAGAUAUGAUAUGUCUCAAAGAACAAUUUCGACAGUUUCGGCAUCAAUCACAAGAAGAAAUUAAACAGUUAAAAGAAGAAAAUAAACAGUUAAAAGAGGAACUUCAACAGUUUCGGCAUCAAUUACAAGAAGAAAUUAAACGGUUAAAACAAGAAAAUAAACAGUUAAACGAAGAAAUUAAACAGUUAAAAGAGGAAUUUCAACAGUUUUGGCAUCAAUUACAAGAAGACAUUAAACGGUUAAAAGAAGAAGUGGAGAAACUUCGUCAAGAUUGCCAAAUCAAUGCUGUAAAGCUGACCGAAAUGAUUCUCUGUAAGUAG